AUUCUUUGCUUCUGCACUCUUUCCUGUGCAAUCACAAAGAAUCCUCACCACCAAUUCAAUAAAUUAUUAGACAAUAAAUCAAUAAACAAGGAUGGCCGCCCCUCGUCAGGUUCUUGCCUUUGCUCUCCUUCUCAUCGCCAUUGCUGGGUCCGCCGCCGCCGCCGCCACCUCCCCGAGCAGCGCCCCCGCAUCCUCCCCGCCAACCGCCGCCGCACCCAAGAAAGCAGACACCGCGGCGCCGGCUAACAAUGUAGCCACCCCAUCGGAAUCUCCUUCACAAACGCCGCCGCCGACGAAGGCAGUCUCGCCAUCGUCAGCUGAGAUCGCCCCCGAGACUCCCGCUGCUGGGUCGCCGGAGGAGGAGCCUUCAUCACCACCGACCCCUGACAGCGUGGCGCCCGCAGCCGAAGCCCCGUCCGAUGCUCCUGACGCAAGCACCCCAGCGGAGGCACCCGGCGCAGAUGACGACAACAGCGGUGCCGCCGCUGCUUCGAAGGUCUCCGCUGUUGUAGGACUUGCUGGCAUCGCCGCAUUGCUCUUUUGAAUUCAUACAUAUGUAUAUAUAUAUAUAUAUAAUUAUAUAUAUAUAUAUGUGAUCGAUCGAAGGGAUAUAGUAUAUAUAUAUAAUUCAUGUUUGACGUUCAUUCGUUUGUUUUCUUCCUCAUGUAUGCAGUGGAAGAUGGAAAGAGUGAACCAAAAUUAUAUUUCAAUCUUUAACGACGUUUAGUUUUGAAUAACUUUGACCUUUCGC